AUGAGCGACGACGAUAGCGACAGGGAUGAUUCUAUAGACAGCGAACAGAUGAAAACCGAUCGCUAUGGAUUUCAAGGCGGCAGCCAACUUGAAAAUUGUAGCGACGAUACUGUUGUAGGUAGAGUCGGUAUGAGACGAGAACGUAAAUGGGUCAGUAUGACAAACGAUUUGAAAUCGUGGAAGAGAUGGAUGCGUUGGAGGCAUAAGAAGGUAAUAGAAAGAUGUCGUAAAGGGAUACCGUCAUCGGUUCGCGGUAAGGCAUGGCAAUUUCUAUCGGGAUCUUAUGAAAUACAGAAAAAACAUGAAGGAGAAUUUGACAAACUAUUGUCACAAAAGGUUGAUGAAUCGGUAAUGCGCGAUAUUAAGAAAGAUAUUGGUCGAGCUUUUCCGUACCACGAAAUGUUUUCUAAAAAUGGAGGUCCUGGGCAAAGAGAGUUACUAAGAAUUCUGCAAGCAUACUCUGUACAUAAUCCUUCAAUCGGUUAUUGUCAGGCUAUGGCACCAAUUGGAGCUUUACUAUUGAUGCAUAUGACGACUGAGGAUGCAUUUUGGUGUUUUGUAACAGUGUGUGAAAAAUAUUUAUCUGGCUUUUUCAGUCCUGGAUUGGAAGCGAUACAAUUGGAAGGACAAGUAUUUUAUGCAUUACUUCAAAGGCAUGCACCGGCGGAUAAACUAAAUAUCGAACCUUUGAUGUUUAUGACUGAAUGGUAUAUGUGUGCCUUUGCUCGAACUCUUCCGUGGUCUUUAGUGUUGCGAGUAUGGGAUUUGUUAUUUAUAGAAAAUGUUAAGAUAAUCCACAAGGUUGCUAUUGCUACAAUCAAGUUGACCUUCGACUCUAAAGAAAAAUUGGAUUCGUCGUCUAGUAUGCACGAUACACUGAGAAGAUUGAAAAAUCUACCAGCAGAGAUAUUUGUCAAUAACGCACUAUUACGGGAGGCAAAUGAUAUUUCAAUUACCGAUAAAGACCUAGAAAGAGAAUAUAAAGCUAUUCAAAAUUCGGAAACAACAAUUAAUUAA